AAAAGUAACAGCAACAAAACUCAAAGCAUCGAUUUUGGACUUGAAGUCUGAAAUAGAAACAGUAAGAACUCGAGAAAAUCUCUACAGAAAUUCUCAAUUUGAUGCAAAUCUAACAAAAAUUAUUGCGAUUCGAAGCUUCCCUUCGAGAUCGAUAUCUGCAAACAUCACCCAGAUAUGGCUGGGUUAGAGGAAUUAAGGAAGAAGCUGACGCCAUUGUUUGAUGCUGAGAAGGGAUUCUCCACUGCCUCGACCUUGGACCCUUGCGAUUCGUACACACUAUCGGACGGCGGAACCGUGAACUUGUUGAGCCGAUCGUACGGCGUGUACAAUAUCAACGAGCUCGGAUUGCAGAAGUGCACGUCCUCGGCGGCGGCCGACGAGAGCGAGAAGACGUACCGGUGCGCCUCGCGCGAGAUGAGGAUUUUCGGAGCGAUCGGUAGCGGAGCCAGUAGCGUCGUUCAGAGAGCGAUUCACAUUCCGACGCAUCGGAUUUUGGCUCUCAAGAAGAUUAAUAUCUUCGAGAAGGAGAAAAGGCAACAGCUUUUGACUGAAAUAAGGACGCUCUGCGAAGCGCCUUGUUACGAAGGUCUUGUGGAAUUCCACGGUGCGUUUUAUACGCCGGAUUCUGGCCAAAUUAGCAUAGCGUUGGAGUAUAUGGAUGGAGGAUCUUUGGCUGAUAUCUUGAAGCUGAAGAAAAGAAUACCUGAACCUGUUCUUUCCUCUAUGUUUCAAAAGCUUCUUCAUGGAUUGAGUUAUUUGCAUAGUGUUAGGCAUUUAGUCCACAGAGAUAUAAAGCCGGCGAAUUUGCUUGUGAAUCUCAAGGGAGAGCCAAAAAUAACGGAUUUCGGAAUUAGUGCUGGCUUAGAGAAUUCAAUGGCGAUGUGUGCUACUUUUGUUGGAACUGUUACUUAUAUGUCGCCGGAGCGGAUUAGGAACGAUAUUUAUUCUUAUCCAGCUGAUAUUUGGAGCCUUGGUCUUGCUCUAUUUGAGUGUGGUACCGGAGAAUUCCCAUAUACAGCUACUGAAGGGCCGGUUAAUCUUAUGUUGCAGAUAUUGGACGAUCCAUCACCCUCACCUUCUAACAAUUUUUCUCCGGAGUUCUGUUCAUUUAUUGAAGCCUGUUUGCAGAAGGAUGCAGACGCUAGGCCAACAGCAGAGCAGCUACUCUCACACCCAUUCAUUACGAAGUAUGAAAAUGCUCAAGUAGACUUAGCAGCAUUUGUAAGAAGCGUAUUUGAUCCAACACAAAGGAUGAAGGACUUAGCUGAUAUGCUUACAAUUCAUUAUUACCUACUCUUUGAUGGACCUGAUGAGCUUUGGCAGCAUACAAAAAAAUUAUACAAUGAAGAUUCAAUUUUCAGCUUCUCUGGAAAGCAAUCAGUUGGUGGAAAUGAAAUCUUCAUGACUCUCUCGAGCAUACGAAGUACAUUAGCUGGUGAUUGGCCCCCUGAAAGACUUGUGCAUGUUGUCGAAAAACUUCAAUGCCGUGCUCAUGGCCAGGAUGGAGUUGCAAUAAGGGUAUCAGGUUCCUUCAUUGUUGGAAAUCAGUUCCUCAUAUGUGGAGAAGGCAUACAACCAGAGGGCUUGCCAAGUUUUAAAGAUCUCUCCAUUGAUCUUUCUGGUAAGAGAGUGGGAACUUUUCGUGAGCAGUUCAUCAUGGAGCCGAGCAGUGUUAUUGGCUGCUAUUUCAUUUCGAAACAAGAGCUUUACAUCAUGAAGUAGUCGACUAACAUCAAUUCUCGUGAGGAUGGUAUGUUGCAACACUUCGUUCACACUUCACAGGCUUACAUCCCUUGUAAUUUAACCGUCUUUGGCAUUGCCACUGCAAUCUACGUCCUGUGAAUGGUGCCCGAAUGCUGGACACAGCCUGUGUGUGCUAUUAGCUCCCAAUGCAACAGAAUCUACAAAAGCAUGGAACAAUAGGACAUUUCAGCCAUGAAUCCAUGGAAAGCAAAUUGUACAUCUUCACUUGAUACUUAUUUCAGACUGUAAUUCCAAAGUUGAUACGCAGGUGGAGAUGAAGUUCCAAACCACGCCAAUUUCAGAGUCAUCGUAAAUUAUUUACGAGUUUUGUUAAUGUAAAUUAUAACAGUUGAUGUGUUAUAGUGCUACUAAAUGGAGUUUCAAUAUAAAUCUUUUCAUAUGACUUCAUCGAGACCUCGUAAAGAGAAUCCUUUCGACAUCCUUAUAUUGUUCGU